AUGGCUAGAAGAAAGUUGAAACUCGCUUUCAUUGAGAAUAAUACCGCAAGAAAAUCAGCAUACAAGAAUAGGAAGAAGGGUUUAGUGAAGAAGGUUGAUCAGCUAGCAACCCUUUGCGGUAUCGAGGCUUGUGCAAUAAUUUAUGGCCCCGACGAUCAUCAACCUGUAGUCUGGCCAUCUCCGUCCGGAGUCCAAAAUGUGCUUUCGAAAUUCAUGACAGCGCCUGAGUUUGAACAAAGAAAGCAGAUGGUGAAUCAAGAUAGUUUUCUGAAUCAAAGGAUUUCAAAGGCUCAAAUGAAAUUUAAAAAGCAAUCGAGAGACAACCGAGAGAAAGAGACGACCAUGCUGAUGUUUCAAUGCCUCGAUGAUUGA